UUAUUGAGGAACUCUUCACCUGGUACGUGCGAGCAUUUUAAUGAUUAUAAGUCUAAUUUAUAUUUAAAAAAACGAUUAGACGAAGAAAUGGCAAUUAGCGAAUCUUUGUUGGAUGAAAACGAAGAGCUAAAUGGCCAGUAUUUAAAGUCAAAACUUAAUUCAAACAAUAAACAUAACUUUAUCAAAUUAUUAAGAUUUGUUCAUUGUAAGUCAAAUCAAAAUAAAGAUUGUUUGUUUGAGAACCAUAAAAGAUUUGAUGCUCAAGAUGCUUGCGGGAUCUCACCUGCAAGCGUACCAAUAGAAAUUACAGUGUGUGCAAUUGAAAAGUCAAGUGAUCCAAUUACUGAUUUUUCAAAUUUUGGACCUUUGCUUGCAGAUGCUGUUGCUUUAAAAAUCGGUGCUAUUGGUAAUCUUA